AUAUUGUUGUAGGUCUCAGCAGGAGUUAUACCUGUUCGUGACUACUAAUAUUGCAGAAACAGAAGAAGAGGAACAGCGCGGUGCAUCAGCGUGUUCUUCUUCUGCUUUCCUUGGAGGAAUUGCCGACGGCGUCACAUCACACAUCACACCGGAGCCACUCUACACUGCCGACCAAGACAAGCAACUUGAGCUGUGAAUAUGAUCGACGACAGGACAAGUCGAGAGAAAGCUGCCGAUGACGUCAUAUCGGAACGUCCAACCAGGAGACGCGCUCAGGUCCACACCGUGACGUCAGUGAUGACGUUACAGAUUCCCCUUGAUCCGCUGUCGUGGGACCUGAGAGACGUGCGCACCUGGUUGCGACACCUAGCGGCUCGGCACGACAUUACAGUGGACCUGAGACUGUUCCAUAUGAACGGGAGGGGGAUGUGCCUGAUGAACCUGCAGGGCUUCGAGUACAGGGUGCCGGUCAAAGGUCAUAUUCUGUACGAGGACUUCUGGAGGAGGGUCGCGUUCUAUCGCUCUUUCCGGAGAUGCAAAACAGUCAAGGCCAAGAAGUAGUCUAAGAGUACUCAAUACCAAGUGGUCAUGUAACUGGAUAUAUCUUUAUUAGGGGAAGUUAUAACGGGACGGAAUAAAUGUAAAGAGAUAUAAAGAAAUACUUUCCGACGUAAUUUUUAUAAGCAUAUGUUUACAGUCAGUUCUGGAAAGCACGUCGUCUCUAUCAGCCAUGCUAAGCAGUUAGGGCAUAUUACUCAACAGUAUUUAUUGUAAAACGUAACGCCUCAACACAAAUUUGCGGCACUGUCUAUGUUUUGGUUACUAUGUGUACAUCUUUUUUUACUUCCCAUGUAUGUACUCUGUAAAUAAAUUCCAGCAUAUAAUUGCCGUGUAUGUCUAGGAAAGGUAAAACGCUUAUUGUUACAAUGCCCACUGCCGAUGCUACAACAACUGUGUGCAGUGAAAUUAAACGCGUAUGUAUGCUGGACUUGUUAUAAGUAUUCAGUCUGUAUAUGUGGAAUCUGAUAACUGUAAAUAAUACGUCUCUGAGCCUCUCUCGAUCUCUGCGACUUAAGAUAACACUGUAACAAUAUAUAACUGG